GGUUAAAGGUGUACGACGUUAUCCAACCUGAGAUUUGGAGCCGUCAGUGGGGCGCCUCUAGCGGCCGGUGCGGCAAAGUGUCAGGUAUAAAGGGCGCUCGCUCGUGGUGUGGGCAACGAGACAAUGUUGAGAUUGCUGCUGAUCACCUCGGCCCUCGUGGCCGCUGCCUCUUCAUCUGGGAUCCCCAUGUGGGAAUACCUCGACAGGUCCGAGAAGGUGAACCGCCUGUUUCACGUGUUUAUGCGACAAGUGGACGAUUAUUGCACAAGCUCAGACAUGCCAGACUGCAACAAGGCAAUGAUGGUGCACGGUCUGAGUUCGUUGGCACGGAUGCAGGACCACCAUUUGGACGCGAUGGACCCCUACCAACGGGACGCCCACGAACUGAUCUGGGACGCUAUGAUGCAUGACCACGAAAAGCAUCACCACGACCAGCCGGCGCACGGAGGAGACUCGACCAACGGCCUUUCGAAGAACGAAGCGAACCAAAAAGAGGUGGACCAGGAGCCCAAAUUCGGCGACGAGGGGGCGGCCAGCAACCAGGAGGUGAUUUACGCGGCGCCCCACGCCGGCGGCGGGCCCAUGAUGUCGCGGCUGCGGCCCGAUGGCAGCCCCGUGCCCGGUGACCCGCCCGGCGGCCACCACAUGACCCCUGACAUGGACAUGCUUGAGCACCGUCUCAUGAGCCAGAUGCCGCACCACGUGGCGAAACCCAGGGCCACCGCCAAGUUCCCCUUCCUCCAGAAACAGUGACCAAAAUUGCAAUUCUCCGCUAUGUAAAUAUUAUGUCCGAGAUUUAUUUAUGAAGAAAAGCAAAAUCCCCAGGCUGAUAUGAGUGUGACAUGUAGAUAUUAAGGGAGAGAUCCUCUUCUGUGCGGCGUUUGCGUGUAUUUUAUUUUGAUAAUUUCAAGUUUGCUGUGCUGUCUCAAAUGUUUGUUCCUAAUUAAUAUUGUCCCCGUGUAAAUGUGUACAGAGUAAUCAUAAAUAAAGUCUAGCGUUCAAAGAUUAUUUUAAUG